UAAAUGUUGUCAUAUCCGGUAAAGAGAGACUUGGCAACUCCCUUUCAGGAAAGGUAAAUCUGAAAGUAAGAAAAUGAUAUUACUGGAAACAAAUAAUAGAAUUGUGGAAGAUAUUUUAAGGCUAAAAUUUAAAAAUGCUUUAUCAGGGAAUAAAGCAGAAUCUGUUGAUAUAACUAUUGCAGAUUUUGAUGGUGUUUUGUUUCAUAUAUGCAAUAUUAAUGGUGACAAGACAAAAGUUAGGGUUAGUAUUUCUUUAAAGUUUUACAAGGAGUUGCAAGAACAUGGUGCUGAUGAGUUACUCAGGAGAGAAUAUGGAGCACUUUUGACAGUUCCAGAAGAUGGAUAUAAUGUUAGUCUGCUGUUUGAUUUUGAAAAUAUUCCUGAAAACUAUGAAGAAUUGAUACAAAAAACAGGAAUGUUAAAACGAAAUUGUUUUGCUUCAGUAUUUGAAAAAUAUUUUGAAUUUCAAGAAAAGGGGGAAGAAGGACAUAAGAGAGCUGUUAUACAUUAUAGAGAUGAUGAAACUUUAUAUGUAGAAGCAAAACCAGAUAGAGUAACAGUUGUUUUCAGUACUAUAUUUAAAGAUGAAGAUGAUAUUAUUAUUGGAAAAGUAUUUAUGCAAGAAUUUAAAGAAGGCAGAAAAGCAAGUCAUACAGCUCCUCAAGUUUUAUUUAGUCAUAGAGAACCCCCAAUGGAAUUGCAGAAUACUGAUGCACGUAUUGGAGAUAAUAUUGGAUAUAUAACAUUUGUUUUAUUUCCACGUCACACAAACAAACAAGCUAGAGACAAUACAAUUAAUCUGAUUCAUAUGUUCCGUGAUUAUCUUCAUUAUCAUAUCAAAUGUUCAAAGGCUUAUAUUCACUCUCGGAUGAGGGCUAAGACAUCGGAUUUUUUGAAAGUUUUAAACAGAGCCCGACCGGAGCCAAAAACAAUAGAGAAAAAGACAAUAACAGGAAGGACAUUUAUAAGAAAUUGAAAGAAUUUAACGAGUUGUGGAAAUUACAGUUAACAAUUGUAAAGAACAAUUCUUACGGAUUUGUAAAGUAAAUAAGAAACGAAAAAGAGGGAACAAUUUUGUAAAUUUAUUAUUUCUCUAUACGAUAUUGUUAUAUAAUUAUUAUUAUUAUUCAUCCGUCAUGUUAUUUCUGUGCGAAAUUUAAAACUGUCAAAUUUCAUCUCGGAUCAAUUUGAUUAUAAUUGUUUACUAGAGAAAGUCUUGUAUCUUUCAGAAAGAAUCAAAUAAACGUUAUAUUUAGCGUUUGGGUAA